GCACAGCGCAGCGCUGUGCAGCCGGGGCCACCUCAGGACCAGUCACCUCCAGUCCCAAGAUGAAACUCAUCAUAGGCAUUGGAGGGGUGACCAACGGUGGGAAGACCACCCUGACCAACAGCCUCCUCAAGGCGCUGCCCAACUGCUGCGUGAUCCAUCAGGAUGACUUCUUCAAGCCCCAGGACCAAAUAGCUGUCGGGGAGGACGGCUUCAAACAGUGGGACGGUAAGCGUAGUGCCCCUGCCCUGGCUGCCCUACUGCGCCCUGUGGGUGUGUCCCGCUCUGAAUCCCCGCUGUCUGUCCCACAAGUGCUCGAGUCCCUGGACAUGGAGGCCAUGCUCAGCACGGUGCAGGCCUGGGUGAAGGAUCCACACAAGUUUGCGCGCGCUCAUGGCGUCAGCCCGCAGCCAGGUGCCUCGGACACCCACGUACUCCUCCUUGAGGGUUUCCUACUGUACAGCUACAAGCCCCUGGUGAACUUGUACAGCCAACGCUACUUCCUGACCGUGCCGUAUGAGGAAUGCAAGCGGAGGAGAAGAAGCCGGACUUACAUGGUCCCUGAUCCUCCUGGCCUGUUUGAUGGUCACGUGUGGCCCAUGUACCAGAAGUAUAGACGGGAGAUGGAGCAGGACGGGGUGGAAGUGGUCUAUUUAGAUGGCAUGAAGUCCCAGGAGGGACUCUUCCGUCAAGUUCUGGAAGAUGUUCAAAACAGACUGCUCAACACAUCCUAGCAAGACACAGGUCCUGGGUGCGACUGCAGACACAGGACAGCGGGGCCUGAGAUGUUCUGACUGGGCGCAGUGGCUCUUUGCCUAUAGGGAAUCUGUACAUAGGAGGGCGUGACCCCACACGUGCUGGACUUUAUAGCACCUCAACAUUAAAGUGGACUCUGUUUUUUAA